UUUCAUAUGGAUAAAAUACAAACAAUACAAAUCUCAAGUUUUUCUGUAUCAAUGAUUUAACCUUGAUUGACAUAUAUCCUGUGAUUUUAUUAUCAGAAAACUGAGAUGUAACCAUGAAAUGCAGCAACAGCAUAUCAGAAACCACUGAGAUGGCAAGCAACGAUGAAGCAAGAGAAUUACUGCCUUUUAAUACAUUGGCAGAAUUGUAUGAUAGUCUGGACAGUAGAUUAAUAGAACUACCAUUGGUAUAUAUAACAGAAUCAGUGGAUUAUGUAUACCGAGGUUCAGAUAUUGUUGCACAGAAAGUUCCGCUAGAAAGAGUGGAUAGAGCUGAACAACCCAGAACGUUAGUCUGUCACGAUAUGAAAGGUGGUUAUCUCGAAGACAGAUUCCUACAAGGUUCCACCUCUUAUGAUUCUUAUGUAUUUUACCACUGGAGUAUUGUCGAUACGUUUGUGUAUUUUAGUCACCACUUUGUAACUAUCCCACCUUAUGGAUGGAUCACUGCGGCUCAUCACCACGGUGUAAAAGUUUUGGGUACUGUGAUUACGGAAGGAAAUAAUGAUACCUGGGAUACAAUUCUUGCGUCGGAAGAAGAUGCAAGAAAAUUUGCAGACGCUCUAGUAAUGAUUGCAAAAAGUUAUCAAUUUGAAGGCUGGCUUUUGAAUAUUGAAAAUAAGAUUAAGCAAGAAGAUAUUAAUAAUUUAAUUUAUUUCAUUAAAUACCUAACAGAAACUAUUCACAAUGAGAUUGAAGAUUCGGAAAUUAUCUGGUAUGAUAGUGUGACCAAUAAGGGUGAAUUAAAUUGGCAAAAUGAACUCAAUAAUAAUAACAAAGAAUUUUUCCUGCAUUGCGAUGGUAUAUUCUUAAAUUAUACUUGGACAGAAUCGCGAUUGGGCAACAGUUGUUUACUUGCAAAGGAAUUAGGUCGCGAUAUUAAGGAUAUUUAUGUUGGAUUAGAUGUUUGGGGAAGAGGAUGUCCAGGCGGAGGUGGCUUUAAUUCAGCAUAUGCAUUAAAUUUAAUACGGGAAAAAGGACUUUCAGUUGCUAUAUUCGCUCCUGGAUGGACACACGAGUACUUUGGUCCAAGUACUUUUCUAAUUCUAGAAGAUUUAUUCUGGGCUCAGUUAUUCCCUUAUUUAUAUGUGCAUGUACCUAUUUUUGAGAAUGACACAUUUAAAACUUCCUUCUGUCGAGGUGCUGGUAUCUGCUAUUAUUAUAAUGGCGAGGAACAUUUUAAACCGUACACGGUAAAUGGCGAAAUCACGCCCGAGAAAAAAGCAUUUUACAAUUUACGUAUGCAGCAACUACAAUUGGCAAUUCCUGUGCCACAUUUGCAAUUUACGCGAUUGACACAACGAAUCCUUACUGGAAAUGUUGAAGAUGAAAAUAAUGAAAACAACGAAACUUGUGAGAAGAAAGAAAAUCGAAUAGAACGUAUCUAUGAAAAUAGAAAGAACAUUAUACGAGUUUGUGGUAACUCAGUCAAGUUUGAAGAUAAAUUAUCUGCUGUUGAUAUUAAUACUUUUGAGUUUUGCGAUCAAUUCUCCUACAAUGGUGGUGGAUGCUUGAAGCUGAUUACUAGAGAUCAUAGAUUAUAUCACAGAUUAUUCUUAGUUCACAUCGAUUUGAAGCAAGACAUCCAGGCGACUAUCAUUUAUACAGAACCCGAGAUUAUUACUUCAUUGAACGAGUCUAACAAAAAUCCUAUUUUAAUCCUGGGUAAUAACGAUAAUUUAAAAUCGAUCUUGCCCUAUGAUUCGAUUAGAAUGAACGCCAAAUGGAGAAAAUGCAUCUAUCUAACGAACUUGAAGACUGUGCAUGAGAUUGGUGUAUCCUUCCUAACAGAAUACGAUUGUUACAUAGGCGAAAUCGUUUUGGAGCAAAGGAAUCGUCAUUUUGACGCCCAACCAUUCUACAUUCCAUCGAGGGAUCAGGUGCGAAGUUAUAUUGCGGCGAAAAGAUUCCUCGACAAUGUCAUUAAGCAAAAAACAAAAUUACUCGUUUAGCAAGCUCGAUUAGCAUUUAUCGGUAUUUCAAUAACGAAGACACCUUCAAGUCUUUGACAGCUCAUAUACGUAUCCCAAUGAGACUUCUAUUACAAGGAUAUCUGCAUUCUUUGAUAGCAAAGUGCAUUCCGUAGUGGCACGACGGAUGCAAAUUCCGUUACAGCAAUUUAAAGACGCGACCGAUUUAUUACACCGGAUAUUACAAAUCGUUUGCACGCUCACACGUUAAAAUGAAAGGUAUUUGUGCCCAAAGGUGGACAUGCAACCACGUGUAUUUGUUAUUCACACUCUGAUAUAUGUAUUGUAAUCAAUAUGCCACCUAUUGCCGAGAAGAUGAGACAUACAUACAUUAAUUGCAUUGAAACUCCUCGCUGUUGUGCCAUUAAGUCACCGACGCUUUCUAACUUUGCUCAAUCAACAACGUGCAUGCACACAAUGCUCUUACUUAAUUUUUUUAAUCUAU